CCGCUCGGAAGCAGUCGUCUGCAGAGGGGGCUCCGCCGCUCUUGGCCCGGACUUGUCCCAAGGGAGAAGCAGCUGCCCACCGACCACCCAGUGGCGCCGUUUCCUAGCCUGUACCAAAAUGGCAGACAACCAAGCUGUUCCAAGAAUAUACAUGGCGAAACUUAAUGAGUAUUGUCAGAGAAGACGUUUACGAUUGGACUAUAAGGAUCUUGGUUUCGAUGGCCCAUCUCAUAAUCCUGUAUUCACUGUAGCAGUUGAAAUAGAUGGAAGGCAGUAUAGCCAAGCAACAGGUAAAAGCAAGAAGGAGGCAAAAGAUCGUGCAGCAUUCUUAGCUUGGGAGUCCAUAGAAAGAGAACUGCCAGCAGAUCCUGUUUUAAGACCAGAGCAGCCGCUGCCUCCUCUGCCAUCACCACAAUAUCCUGUUUUAAGACCAGAGCAGCCGCUGCCUCCUCUGUCAUCGCCACUAUCUCAGUCACCUGAGCCUGCUGCAAAUCUGGCACAACCAGCUUCUUCACUUAACUAUCUUGCCUUGCUCAAUGAAUAUUCAUCGAGAAACAAAGUGGUGGUUCAAUAUGUUGUGGUUUCUAAAUCUGGCCUGGAUCACAUGCCAAUUUUUCACUGUGUCUGUAAAAUUGAUGAUAAAGAUUUUGGUGAGGGAACAGGAAAUAAUAAACAAACAGCAAAACGGAAUGCAGCCAGGCAAGCAUAUGAAAAAUUGAAUGACCAAGCAACUUCAAGGGCAGAAAGAAGUGCUUUCCUUCCAAAUAGUUCUACAAAUAGUUCUAGAAAUCCAUUACACAGUAAUUCCCAAGAAUCAUCACCAGAGGCAUCUGGGACGUCUGCUGAAGAGGCUGUGGACCUUGCUUCCAACAAAUCGGAUAGUAUAAUUUUUCGGAGUUCCGGUAUAUAUUCAAAUGGUACAGAUCGUGAUUCCAGUUGUAACCAUGCAGCUGACAAACUUGCUAAUCAGUUUGGUGCCAUACAGCUCAAUGAAGCUUCUCCAUCCUGUCUGGCAAGUCCCAAAGGUUCUGCUGUGAGACCUAAAAAAAGAGAGACACCAUUGGCACCGAAAUUUUCAAAGCUGAAUCGAAAGCAAAGCAAGUACACCAUCAAUGAAAAGUUUCUGGACGAAUUUGAAGAUAUACAGAAAAUUAAAUCUGGUGGAUAUGGAACCGUUUUCAAGGCAAAACAUUUCUUUGAUGAUCGAUUAUUAGCUGUCAAACGAGUCAAGCUUCUUGUAGGAGAAGAAGAAUCAAAAAAGGAAGUACAAGCCUUAGCAAAGCUUGAGCAUGAAUAUAUUGUUCGAUAUUAUAAUUGUUGGAUUGGGAAAGAUAAUAUCCCAUCGCCAGAGGAUAGUGACCAGAGGGUGGAAGCUGACUGCCUUUUCAUAGUGAUGGAAUAUUGUGAAAAGGGGACACUUAAAGAUUGGAUUAGUAAGGAAUGUGCAAAGGAAAGCUAUCAUGAAGAUGCCAAAAUUAAAUUCCAGCAAAUAGUGGAAGGGGUCGCAUAUAUUCAUUCUCAAAACUUAAUUCAUCGAGAUCUUAAGCCAAUAAAUAUAUUAAUGUCUAGAGACAAUAAAAUAAAAAUUGGUGAUUUUGGGCUGGUAACCACAGGUGUAGAUGACCAUUCAGUACAGCGAACAGAAAAGAGGGGAACAGUACUAUACAUGGCUCCUGAACAGGUGGGGAACAAAUACGGAAAGGAAGUGGAUAUCUUUCCGUUAGGAUUAAUUUUAUUCGAAAUGCUUUACACAUUCCAAACUUAUCAUGAGAAACAUGAGAGAUUCGAGAACAUAAAGAAAGGCGAAUUUCCAGAACCGUUUACAAAGGAGUUUCCAGAAGAGGUAUCUCUAAUUAAGAAACUGCUUUCAAAAGUGCCAUCUGACAGACCAUCGGCACCUGCCAUUUUGCAUAUUUUAAAGAAAAGGCAGUAUAGCCCACACACUUGUUAACUAAUACCUGUCCAAACACAACUGCAGAAUUUUGGUCUAAAGGUAGUGGUUCCUUUUGCUGUUGCUAAUAUUGAAAAUCUCGUCUGAAUCAAAACUGGCACCUGGAAAUUUAACUCUGGAUUGCCUCUUGCUAUAUGUUCUGCUGUGGCCUUUGAGGGGAGCUGCAGGGUGCUCUUGUGGAGGCAAAAUUUCUCUGAAGCCAGAACUAGAUACCUGUGCCUUGUAUGUGUGGCUGUCUUUAAAAACUGUCCUGCUUUCUCAUGGGAGGCUCAGCCUUAGUGGCUGGAAGCCCAUUUUACAAGCUGUGACAGAUAUGGUCAUUCCUGGACUGAGAGAACUUGACCACAGUGGUUCAGGCAUUGGUGACUUCAAGGUUAGAUUACUGCAAGGUUAGAUUACUGCAGUGCACUCCUUGAACUUGAUUUGCAAUAUGCUGUUAGUGCACAAUGCCAUUGCAUGAUUGCUAGCAGGAAGAGAUUCUCUGCAUAGAACAGCUUUGCUCAAAGAACUGCACUGGCUGUCCAUUUACUACCAGGCCAGGUUCAAGGUGUUACUAUUAGGGGCAGAAUCACCUUUCAAGAAGCUUCAAUCUACAUUAACCCGCACUGUUACAGGUGCCACAUAAUACUUAUAAGACAUCAAUCUUUACUGCAGCAGCACCUUCACUUUGAAACUCGCAGCCUGUUGACAUCAGGCAGGUGCCUUCAUCACAUUCUUUUUGGCAUCUGCGUAAAACACAUUUGUUUACGCAAGCAUGUCCAGAUACGUAGAAGCCACAUGUGCUUUCUCUCUUUUUAGGUAUGGGUUCUUUUAAGCAACUUUUCAAUGUUUUUAAAUACCUGUGCUUUUUAUUGAGAUUUUUAAAGUGUUUUAUUUCAUUUUUUUUGUAAACUGCUUAGAGGUUUUCUUACAAUCAAGUGGUAUAUAAAUUUUGUGGGGUUUUUGUUUUUUUCUAUUUGGUUUCUGCCAGGAGAGUUCUUUUACUUUUUAUCUGCAAGAUUAAGUGUGUGUUUCCAAAAUUCCACCUAUUUUAUUGAUGGGUCAUCAUAUGCAUUUAAUAAUUACUAGUAAUAAAUAAUAAAGGAAAAUAGUAUGAGUGACAUAAUAUGAGGCUUUUGAAGUAAUCGAGGUUUUGGAGCUCUCUCUGCUUGGAAGCCUGUGUUAAAAACCUAGCUGUGGUUUGGUAAGACAUAGGAAGCUGCCUUAUACUCAGCUGACCCCAUUGGUUCAUCAAUAUUGUCUACUUUGAUGAGCAGCAAGUCUUGAGGAUUUCAGAUGAUGUUUUCCCAGCCCUGCUGGGAAUUGAACUUGGGACAUUUUUUGCAUGCAGAGCAUAUGCUCUGCCCCUGAGCCCUUUUUGUCUGGACACUUUGCUUUUAAGCAUAAGGAUGAUAAAGGGAAACCUGUUUUUCUGUCAGACUUAAUUCCUUUCCUGCAAUACAACCUAGAAAAAAAAUGGAAGGUAUCCAAAUCAGAACUGUUUUUUUAAAAAAAUGAUUCAUGAUAGAUUGUAUUCAUAAAAAAUAUUUGUAUAUCACUGCAUCAUUUUUUACACACACACACACACACACACACACACACUGGUACCUUGGUUUACGAACUUAAUCCAUUCCAGAAGUCCGUUCUUAAACCAAGGCGCACUUUCCCUAAUGAGGCCUCCCACCGCCGGUGCCCUUCUACCAUUCAGAUUCCGUUCUUAGACCAAGGUAAAGUUCUCAAACCAAGACACUAUUUCCGGUUUUGUGGAGUUUGUAAAGCAAAUCAUUCUUAAACCAGACUGUUCUUAAACCAAGGCACCACUGUAUAGCAAAGUGGUUUACAGCAAAAGAUAAUAAUACAAUAGAAACUUAAACAGACAUCAACUAACCAUUGUGGAUGGAUGUCUUGUUAAAUGCCUUCAUAGGCUGAGAGGAACAGAAACAUUUUCAGCAGGCGUUUAAAAGUUGGGUUGAUGGCUCUUAAGGGGUUUCUUGUCAAAUGAGCCUCACCAGCUUGGGGAACAACCAAAGAUGCUCCUGCAGGUGAUCUCAAGUGAUUGAGCUGGGAUAAAAGAGUUCCAGGCAAUCCCUGAGGUACCCUGGACCAAAGUUGUUCAGGAUUUUAUAAACACGCAAGAAUCCUGAGCAGUAAUGGGAAGCCAGUACAGUUGUUUAACAAUGCUGUGUUGUGUGCUCUCAAGCAGAGCCCCAGCUGGAGCUUCUCAACCAAACCUAAGGGCAGCCCCACAAAGAGCAACAUUACAGUAAUCCAGCCUUGAGGUUACCAACACAUGGGCUACAGUAGUCAGGCUAUCCCUGUACAUGAAUAGCCAUAGUUUGUGAACCACAUGAAGCUGGUAAAAGGCACUCAUAGCCACAAAGGAUGCUUGAAUCUCUGGUGACAAAGAUGUGUCCAGGAGUAUCCCCAAGCUACAUGCAACCCCAUCCAGAACUAGUGACUUCCCAA